UUAAAGAAAACACUCCUAUAAGUUCACUUUCAGUAAUGGUGGACAAGUCAUUUUUCAAACAGUAUGAGCUAAAGGUUUCUGAACUAAUGGAGGUAUUCCAAGGUCAGCUGUAUUGCCAAGACCUAUUGCUGAACUCAAGGAUUUGAUGAGCCGAAUAUGCAAUGCUUGUUAUGGAUUUCUGACUAGAAGCAGUGAUGAUGAUUUCUUAACUGCUGUAUCCGGAGGGUUGGGACUGCCACCAGUUAUAUAGCCGAAAUAUUUGCAGUAUUUUGGGAUGAGCAAUAGCAGUUAGAAAUUAGUCCACCCAAGUGCGCUUUCGUUCUGAUUUUAAAACGGUGCUUAAUGCUUUCGCAAUAAUGUGCCCUUGUCUCCUGCUGCUGGAUAGAAUAGGAUUUGUGAUCGGCUGAUAGCUUGACUGAUACAAUAAACUUGAGUGUUUGUGCCACUCAAGGACGGAAUCCUUUAUGGUUAGUAAAUAAUUCGUGGGACUAAUCUAGCGAAUCAAGUCGUUGUAGUAUAAUGGUUGGGUUCGAUCCCCGGCAACGGCGCCUUUUUUUAUUUUCAUUUUUUUGUUGCCUGCAAAGCUAUGGGUGUCCGUUCCCCAGUUCCCCUCAUUACAAGCAGACUUAAACUCUAUGUUUUGAAACAUGAAGUAUUACACCUUGGCAAAGCAAGUACGAACCCUGAAAUUAAACACAAAGGCUGCUGAUUCUCUAGCUAUACCUUAUUAUCUUUUUACUUAUAGCCGGCCAUUGUCAUACCUUUAGAGGAUACGGAAGUGGUAGAUUGAUUAGCUCCAUGGCACAAGCUAUUAGCCCACUGUUGCAAAUCAAAAUUUCAAAAAGACGAAGUUAAAACUCCGUAACUUUAACAUUAAGUUGAAUUUUGAGGUUUUACCUCUUUCGAUUCUAGGGAUAUCGAUAUUGGCUGGCAAUUUCAUUGUACCAAAAGACACACCAUCCUCCACCCUUGACUCAAUUUACUAGAUGGAGUACUAAAAUUGCCAUGGGGUGGAAAUAUCACUUUCAGACAUUUUUUACCUCGUUUAGGUUUCUUUUUUUCAUUUCUCUUCCCCUGCUGCUCCAAACCAAUCUUCCUUCUUCUUAUUCUGGGGUGCAAUGUUUCGAUCCUUGUUGUGUAAAUCAGGGGCAGCUGCCAUCAUCCGUGGAGAAUCUUCAUCUUCAUCAUCAUUACCAGCUAAGUAUUUUCUCUUUACAGCAUCUCAAAAUCAAAAUGUUGUUGUAAUUUCAAAAUCUAGGAUUGUUACUUCCCUCUUCUAUUCCUUCUCUACUUCUUCCGAUUCUGAUUCUGAUACUUCAUUUGUGGUUUCUUAUUUGAUUAAUUCAUGUGGAUUAACACAAGAUAGAGCUAUUUCUGCUUCUAAAAAAAUCAAAUUCAAAACCACUUCUAAUCCUGAUUCAGUCUUAACUUUACUCAGAGCUCACGGAUUCACUGAACUUCAAAUUUCUAAAAUAAUCCCAAGUUUCCCAGCCAUCCUAUUAUAUAAUCCUCAUAAAACCCUUAAACCCAAAUUAGAGUUUUUCGAAUCCAAAGGGCUUUAUGGACUUGAUCUUGCCAACUUCAUCUCUGGUGACCCAUUGAUCUUAUCUCGGAGUCUUAGUGAAGCACUAAUCCCUUCCUUUGAUAUCCUUAAAAGCAUUGUUCAGUCUGACCAAAAUGUCAUUAAAAUGAUCAAGCGAAAUGCUCGGAUUAUCACUACAGUUAAAAGAGUGAUGGUCAACCUAGAGCUUUUGAGAAAUGAAGGCGUCCCUGAAUCUAAGAUUUCUAGGUAUAUAAUCGACAAACCAAGAGCAUAUACUGGAGAUGCGGAUAGUUUUAAAGAGAUUGUAGAGAAGGUUAAAGACAUGGGUUUUAAUCGUUUACAAGGCACAUUUCUCAGAGCCAUACAGGGAUUGACAUCAAUGAGUGAAGUCAAUUGGAGAAAAAAAGAGGAUGUUUACAAGACAUGGGGUUGGUCUGAGGAUCACAUUCAAACAGCAUUUAGGAAAAAUCCUCAAUGUAUGACAGUCUCUGAGAAGAAAAUUAUGGCGGUUAUGAAUUUUCUUGUGAAUGAAAUGGGUUACGAGUCUUUGAGUAUUGCGGAGCGCCCAACAGUUAUUUGUUGUAGUAUGAAAGAGAGGAUUAUCCCAAGGUGUUCUGUUAUCAGGAUUUUAGUCUCCAGAGGUCUGAUCAAGGAAAAGAUUGCUAUAAGCACAAUUUCUAAAAUGUUAGACAAGUCGUUUUUGGAGAAGUAUGUAAUAAAGUAUGAGCAAGAAGUUCCUGAACUCAUGAAGGUAUUCCAAGGUCAGUUAAAUUACCAACAGCUGCUUCAGAACUGAAGGAUUAUAUGAAACGAAUGCGUAGUAACGGUGCGUAAAUUGUCAUUCACAUAUUUACAGCGUAUACAGUACCUUUUGGUUUAUACAUGUUUCAUUAUUUCCGCAAUAAAAACUGCGUCACCUCUUAAGCAUGAACAGCAUGAAGAAUAUAAGAUAUUGCCAUGUUAACUGGUGUGUAGGAUUCAUGAAUUUCAAUUGCGAAAACCGGACGGUGUAUACUUCGGGGAGUGUAUGCCUUGACAGAGAGAAAGGGUGCAUAGAUUGGUUCUGUGUAAUGUGUGGUAACAUGGUAAGAUAGAAAAUGAGAUAAAUGAAAGCUUCACAAAGAGUUGUGGUAUGCUCCAUUAUGAUAUUUCUUUCAUUAACAGUUUACGGUCCUGCUCUAUUGUCCGCCAACCACUGAAUGGCUUUUGCUCAAUAAGCUUUCGUACUACGACUAGCUAUUGGCAGUCAGUCAGGAGUUCCACCUCGUGCAGCAUCUAUAUAGUUGUCAUUGCUUCUAUAGGUUAACUGGGCUCUUCAUCGAUGACAGGCUUUUGCAAGAGCUGCCAAGGCAGACAAAGCACAACUCUGAUGAUCAUAUUGUCUGCUUUAUUGUUUUUGUCGGUUUUUUUUGAUUCUGUUGCCUUUUGACAGUGUGGGUCUUCCCCACUUAAGAAGAGAAAGUUGAGGUUUCUGAGGCCACUAAACGUUGGGAGUUUGAGUUUUGCUGAAACUUGGGUUUGGAUAUAAGAAAGCAUGUCUCAGAGAUGAAGCACUGCCAGCUCCCAGGUAUUGACGCUACUAUAGUACUAUGUAAUCUACACCACACUACUGUUGUUUUUCUGUUGGCUCUUUUGGUAGACAGAGCUUGGCUGUGACCUUGGCUUGUAUAUGCACUGUAUGUGUGUUUUUAUUGUAUUCUUCUUUUUUUUUUUUUUUUUUUUUUUUUGCUUGUUGGCUCUUUUGGUAGCAGUCUGCUGUUUUUGCCAACUGCUUUUGGUAUGCAAAUCGAAUCCUACAUUCUAUU